CAACAGACCUAUUCAACGAAAAUUAAAUACAACUUACCUUUACUUUUCCCCUCUUCUCUCUCUUCCAUCCUAUGCAAUUCCGAUCCAAAUUCUCCUCAAAUCGAUUCUGAUCCACCAAAUCGCCUACCAAAUCGCGAUCCUUCACCAAUCGACUGCACAAUACCAUUAUCUUCUUCUUCUCCAUGCGCUUCGCCGAAUAUCCACGAAGUCCCGAUCCUUCGCCAAUCUCUGGUUUGGUAGCUGAAAAGAAGAAGCAAACUGCUACUCCACUUUCCAGAGGAAGCGAUUUAGAAGCUUGGUUGCUUCGGUUCAUCUAUCCUCCUUGUCGAUUCUCAGAAGGAGAAUUGAUCCCGCCUCCAGCUCUGGCCAAGCCCGCCUCGCACAAACUCAUGGCCGCUCAAGUGGGGAGAUCAGUUUCUUACAAUGAACACAAGCCAAGAAAGUCUCCGCCAACUUGCCUUGCUGCUACAAGGGAGAAUAGUGUACAUCUGGAAUUCUAUGUGGGAGGGCCGAGUUUGUGCGAAUACGAGAAGCUUCAAUGUGAAAUGUCUGAUCUGCAACUCAAAUACUAUGAGCUUCUGGAAACUCUUGUGUUUCUUGAAAAAAGGGAAAUGUACAUUUAUGCUUUACUAUAUCUAUUCAGCGCAAGCAAUGCCCAAUUCAAUUCAAUUUCACGGCCAUUUGUAAGCUACAGGGUCGAACCAUUCCCGGAGACAAACUGCUGUUCUUGGAAGAAUGCCCAACAGCAAGCAACAGAUAGUGCCCUUCAUAAGCUCGCAGACAAGUAUAUAACAUACAGUACACCUCAUUCUGGACCAAUAGAGAAAAUGGAUAUUGGGUGCGAGAAGACAUUUGAUUCCAUGAGACCGCGGAGGACUGAAGUGGGAAAACAGAGAGCCAAUCAGAGAUUUGUUCUUCUCUCUGACAGCUGUGUACCUUCGUACGACUUCAACUGUACUUACAACUACAUAAUGUCCUCCCCCAAGAGACUCUUUGACAGGUUGCAAUUGAGACAUCAUCUUUAAGCAGUGGGUUGCUUUGGUGAGAAAACAUGCUGAACUCCAUCUCCUUUGCAGGCAAUGCACGAAGUAGGAUUCAACAAAGAAAAACACAGAGGUUUCGAAGCUUUCAGCCCAAAACUUAUUCGUGUCAUUGUGAUUUUUGAAAUAGUGGGCUGAUUCUCAGUGGUAACAUUAUGUAAUUGUGAAUUUUGGUUACUAACCAAUAAAUUGUGUACUUGUAAUUUUGGUUACUAAAUUUUUUUGUUAUAUGAAACAAUUUUUUUAUUAUAAUUCUAUUUAAUUUUAGUAUUUUCAUUU